AUGCGCCUGUCCUCAGACCGCGUCAUUCUCCUCAUCUGCCUGGCCAUUGGCUCCGUCAACGCACUCGGCUUGUCAUGCAUCAAAGUCGCGUCCGCCCUCGUCGGCCGACCGACCCAUCUGUACAAUCUCUUCCAGACCGAAAUCUGUGAACGCGGCUGUCAACCGACCGUGCCCCAUUGGGAUCUCUGGACGCGCAACAACAGCUUCGUCCCGGCGGUGCGCAGUAUCAUGAUGCGCAUGAAUAUCCCACACAGUGAAAAUGCCUUGUUCAAGAUGGGCGACGACGUGGCGGCCAUCAUCAAGGUGCAAUGUGGACCGAUGCUGGGAGACCGACAUAUCUGUGCAGACCCCGGGACCUUGGCGGAUUUUGGAAAUUGCUUCAAGCGGUACUUUUUCAAGGCGUCGCUCAAGUACAUUCCGAUCCUGCUGCCGAUGGCCUCGGAUGCGGCGUGCAAAGAGCAAUACCAAUAUCUCCAAGGAAAUGAGCUCUGGGAUGAGACGAUUCCGAAGAAUAUGCGAGAGUAUGCUCGCGUGUGCCACAAGUUGGAGGAGGCGAGACCGGCGGCGCCGCAGGAGGCGCGAGCGAAACCCUCGACGGGGCGUGAGAUUCACGACGAUCUAUGA